GACUGUUCAACUCAGUUGCAGAGUUUAGCCGUUGUUGUUGCAGUGGCGUGAGGUGGUGUUGUGGCUGACAGCGAGUGCCUGCAGGGCGGGUGCACGUUGCACGCGGGACGAGCCUUAGCCAGGGUGUGAGGGGCUUGGCGUGGGUUUCUCCGUGGCAACUGCCCCCUGCCGUGUAAACACUAAACAGUCGCUUGCAAGGUUGCCACGGAUCAAGCCAGCAAACCGAUUGGCGCCAGCGUCCACCAAACAAGGAAACUAAGCUACACUAGGGUGAACAAGGGCAAGAGCCGUCGACGAGUCGGGUGGCUGACCGAGUAGAAAAACAUACGGACUAUUAUUCGGGGGCAUGUUCCGCAACCUCACGCAGCGCUUCCACGACCUCCUCGCCGACGUCCAUGACUCUCUGACUGCAACUGCCCUCGAGCCGCGUCUGAUGCCGAUGCCGAAGACGAUGCCGAUGACGAUGCCGAUCCCGAUGACGAUGCCCAGCCUCCAGGGGCCAGCCGCCCAGCGCGGUGUCCGCUCCAGCGCCUCGACGCCCUCGCUGCGGUCCCGCGACGGCACCGUGCCGAACCACGCCCGCCUCGAUGCCGGCGGCAAUGUGCGCGUCGUCGUGAGGGUGCGCGCCUUUCUGCCUCGAGAAAUCGCCCGCAGUGCCCAAUGCCUCAUCCGCAUGGACCCCCUCUCGCAGCGCACCACGCUCGUGGCGCCCGGCGACGGCGAUGCGGACCCGGCCAACGCCAGGGCGCGCGCGCGCAAGGCGACCGUCGAGGACAAGUCGUUCACGUUCGACAAUAGCUUCUGGAGCCACGACACGGACGACGAGCACUACGCGACACAGGAGGACGUCUACGACAGCCUCGGCGAGGAGUUCCUCGACCACAACUUCGAGGGCUACCACACGUGCAUCUUCGCGUACGGGCAGACGGGGUCGGGCAAGUCGUACAGCAUGAUGGGCACGGCGGACCAGCCGGGGCUGAUCCCGCGCACCUGCCAGGACCUGUUUGAGCGCAUCGCCGCCGCCCACGACGAGACGCCCAACAUCAGCUACAACGUGCGCGUCAGCUACUUCGAGGUCUACAACGAGCACGUGCGCGACCUGCUCGCCGCCCCGCCGGCCCCCUCCCAGGCCCCCUACUACCUCAAGAUCCGCGAGUCGCCGACCGAGGGCCCCUACGUCAAGGACCUGACCGACGUGCCCGUGCGCUCGCUCGACGAGAUCCUGCGCCACAUGCGGAAGGGCGACCAGAGCCGCACCACGGCGAGCACCAAGAUGAACGACACGAGCAGCCGCAGCCAUGCCGUUUUCACCAUCAUGCUCAAGCAGAUCCACCACGACCUCGACACGGACGAGACCACGGAGCGCAGCAGCCGCAUCCGCCUUGUCGACCUGGCCGGCAGCGAGCGCGCAAAGUCGACCGAGGCCACGGGCCAGCGCCUGCGCGAGGGCAGCAACAUCAACCGCUCCCUGACAACGCUGGGCCGCGUCAUCGCCGCCCUGGCCGACCCCAAGAAGACCCCGUCCAAGAAGGGGCCGGGCUCAUCGUCGGUUGUGCCCUACCGCGACAGCAUCCUCACGUGGCUGCUCAAGGACUCGCUGGGCGGCAACAGCAAGACGGCCAUGAUCGCGUGCAUCGCGCCGAGUGACUACGACGAGACACUCUCGACGCUGCGGUACGCCGACCAGGCCAAGCGCAUCCGCACGCGGGCGGUCGUCAACCAGGACAGCAUCAGCACGGCGGAGCGCGACGCGCAGAUCGCGGCCAUGGCCGACGAGAUCCGCGCGCUGCAGCUUGUUGUGGGUGACAGCCGCCGCCGCGAGAAGGACGCGCGCGAGGCCGAGGAGCGCCUCGAGGACUACCAGGCGCGCGUGCGCGGCCUGCAGCAGCUCAUGGACGAGCGCUCGCUCGUCGCCGAGGGCAAGAUCCGCUCGCUGCAGACCGAGAACGAGGCCCUGCGCCUGCACCUCAAGCUCGCCCUCGAGAGCCUCAAGAACCCCAUCCCUGUCGUCACGGUGCGCGAGGUUGACGAUGGCGUUGCGCCUAACGCUGGCGUUGAAGAAGAGGACGGCGAUGACGACGUCACGGCUACCAAAAAACAGAUCUACCGCGACAGGAUGCUGCUCUCCCCGAAGCGCCAACACCAUCAGACUCCAGACGAAGACAAGGAAAACCACACACCAAAGGGCCACCGCCACUCACUCCACCACCUCUCCCCUGACAAAGACCAAGACCAAGACGACGGCUACGCCUCUGGCGGCGACAACUCAGAUUACACCGACACAGAAGAAGCACCGAACCACUACGAAGCCGGCGCUGAUGACAUGCACGAGCAGAUGCAGGUGCUGCUGCGCGACCUCGACAUGUUCCGCCGCAAGAUUGGCGACGACAAGUCGCGUUUCUUUCUCGCUGCUGCUGCUGACCCAAAGAGCCUUAAACCUCACCACCAAAGUGGUAAUACCGGUAGUGGUAACAAGGAGUCUCUUACUGCUGCGGCCGCUGUGGCCAUCUCGGGCGGGGCGCUGGCGAGGAGGAGGAAUCCGCUUGGCGAGAGGAGUAAUAUCAUAUGA